GUAUACUAGUUGUACACUAAAUAAUUCCUACCUACUUUUCAGAAACAAAUACAUUAUGAUACCAUAUACUAGCGUACUGUAGUGAAUACUGAGUAGUGACUGGUAUCAAACAACGAAUGCUCAGUUACUGUUUCGGAAAUUUCGUGUGCGUGCAUAAUGUAUUUUACGUAAAUUAGAAACUAGGUUCAAUUAUUCGUUAAAUAUUAUUUUUGAAAUGUGCACUGUAUUAUAGUACUUGUAGUUUGUUUUACCAAAUUUUAAUCUAGUCUAAUUUUGUAUUGUGCUCAAAAGUUAACAGCUACAGUACUGUGAUUAUUUUGUAUUAAAUUAACUAUGUUGCAUAAUAUCACUUUCAUUCACUGAUUGCUGAUACGUUUUUCUUCUUCACUCAUAAGCCUGGAUUUUUAUCAGUUCUUUAUAAUUAUAAUAGUAUAAAUUUAAAGAAUGUGGUCAAAAAGUAAUGCAGACAAGUUAAAAAUGGAACUUUCAGGCAAACGUGAAAAAAUGCAAACUCUCAAGACCAAUGUAACAUCUAAAGAUGUCAUAAAUGUUAAAAUGGAUUCUGGAUUUUUGUCUGAUGCUAAUCUAUCGUGUGAUAUGAUUUCUAAAGAAAAUAUUGAUGAAUAUGAAUCAAAAAAUGACACUUCUAAUAAAUAUGUUACAAAUAAUAUUACAUUGGAUAGUGGAUUAGAUAUUGGAGAAUCAGAUUGCUUAAGUGAAUUAGAUAUUGAUAAGAAAAUUAAUUUGAAAUCACCUAAUAAUAAUUUUAAUUGGCUAUCACAUUUUGAACCUAAUGAUGAUGGAGAAACGCAACUUCAUUUAACUAUACUUAAUGGAUAUGUAGAAGCUUCAAUAAUGCUAAUUGAUAUGUGUCAAGAUUCUAAGUAUCUGAAUAUACGCAAUGAUAUUGGACAAACUGCCCUUCAUCUAGCUGUUUUGACCAAUCAAUGUGAAUUAGUUAACUAUUUAUUAAAAGCUGGAGCCAAUGCUGAAAUUAUAGAUUGUAGCGGAAAUACAGCUGUACAUUUAGCUUGUUACAUUGGAAAAUUGGAUAUCCUGCGAAUUUUAUCUAAUUAUGUGCUGCUACCAAAAAUGUUAGAUGCUGUAAAUUAUGAUGGUUUAGCUUGUAUUCACAUAGCUACGAUUGCCAACCAUCAAAAUGUAGUUAAGUUUGUUGUUAAUAAUGCUCGAAAUGUCAAUGUCACUGACUAUAAGAGUGGAUAUACUGCUUUACAUUUUGCUGUAGCUCUCAAUAGAGCUACACUCAUUGAGUGCCUUGUUGAUAAAGUAGAUCCCAAUGUAGAAAGCUAUGCAGGACAAUUAGCAUUUGAAGUAAAUGACUAUGAAUAUGAUGAUGAUGAAGAAGUAGAUGUAGAAGAAGAAAUUAGUUUAGAUCUAAUGAACUCCAUCAAUGCUCUACAACUCUCUAACAAUAGUAUCAAAUGUUAACAUUUAAACAUAUUUAUCAAUUUUAAAUCCUAUUUUAGAAAAGUUAAUGACAACCAUACAUAUUUCGGAGUUUUUUUAAUGUAAUAGUUAAAGUAAUUUUUAAUAUUUCAACUUUUUUAUGUUAGUAAAUUAUUAUUGAUUAUAUGUUGUGAAUUUUAUAAUAUAAGUGUUAUCAUUGUACUUUUAACAUACUCAAAAUUAAUUUUUGUGUACAGAGUAUCCUCUUUCAAUGUUUCUAUUAUUGUCUAAAUAUUUGUAGUAUUAUUCUUAGAAAGACUUGAUUUUUAAUUAUUUCUGAAAUUAUUUAUUUAUUUUUGAAUAAAUGUUGUCUAUGUGUA